CCUGGAAAGAUCCACACGGACAUCAAAUCAAAAAGUCAAUAAAACUUCAACUCCCUACCUAUCUUCAUUUCCAACUCUAUAAAAUUUAUUAUCACUUCUUCAUUAUUAGGAGAGAGAAAGUUGAGAUUCCUAAUUUCCGAUCACCGGAACCCUAAUUUCUUCGAAUCAACGGCGAAAUGUCUGGCAGAAUUAGCCAUAGUAGGUCACACUCUUCAGAAGUGAAGCUAUGGAAGCUUUGUAAUUUGUGGCAAUCAUCGUCUUAUUCUUCCAAUCAAACUUCUUCUUCGUCUUCUUCUACUCAACAACUUCACCAGAAUAACCAUAAUUUGCGUUCUAAUUACGAUGCAAGCGCAUAUGGUGCAGGUGCUGGUGUUACGAGGUCGAAACCGAGUUCGGUUUCUGCCGUUGCUCGUUCGUUGCUUCCAGCUAAACGCCGUCUUCGGCUUGAUCCUCCUAAUCAUCUAUACUUUCAUUAUGAACCAGGUAAACAAGUCAAAAGUGCAGUUAGGAUUAAAAACACUAGCAAAUCCCAUGUAGCUUUCAAGUUCCAAACAACUGCACCAAAAAGCUGCUAUAUGCGCCCGCCUGGUGGUAUCCUUGCUCCUGGAGAGAGUAUUAUUGCAACUGUCUUUAAGUUUAUGGAGCAGCCAGAGAACAACGACAAAAUGCAAGACCUCAAGAGAAAGGUUAAAUUUAAGAUUAUGAGUCUAAAGGUGAAAGAAGGAACAGAAUAUGCACCUGAGCUGUUUGAUGAACAAAGAGACCAGGCCACUAUAGAGCGGGUAUUGCGUGCAGUUUUCUUGGAUCCUGAUCGUCCUAGUUCGGCACUGGAGAAGCUGGAACGCCAAUUGGCUGAAGCUGAUGCUGCUGUUGAAAUACGGAAGAAACUUCCAACAGAUAACGGUCCAAAGGUGGUUGGUGAAGGUCUUGUCAUAGAUGAAUGGAAAGAGCGAAGAGAGAAAUAUCUGGCUCAGCAGCAGGGUGAAGCAGUGGAUAUAUCGGUGUGAAGUUAGUAUUUCUGUUGGGAAGUAUCAUCUUUUGGUGUGACAAUGUUUUUCCAUCCUAUCCUUGCAAGUGUAAAGCAUCGUUGUGUACAGUCAUUAUGGUUGUUUUGGUUCUACUUCCGUUGUUGAUACUUGUGAUCAAAAUCUGGGUUCCUAUUUUUGUCGUUGUAAAUAUUGAUUUUUUGCAUUUUUUUAUGGAAAUAAUUGCUAUAUUAUGGUGGGGCCUCGCUGGAAUUAUUUUGUUUGGGGAACUUCGAAAGUUCGAAUUGGAUAAUGUGGACUUUUAUGUAUUGUCGUAAUGUAGUACUAUUUGCUGCUUGUAUUUUACUGACA